GUCCACCCUUUGACUCUCAAGAGUUUAGAGAUUUCGCAGCAGCUUAUGCAUUCGAGCUAGUCACCAGUUCUCCCAACUACCCUCAAAGUAACGGCCGCGUAGAGAACGCUGUUAAAACAGCAAAGCAGCUAAUGAAGAAAUCCAAGCAAGCUGGAAGCGAUUUUUAUUUAGCACUACUCGACUGGAGAAACACCCCGACAGAGGGCGUCGGCUGUUCACCCGUGCAAAGACUUUGUGGCCGAAGGACAAGAACACUUCUUCCAACAGCAACAAGUCUUCUGAAACCUACGACAACCCCUGGUGUGCGAGACAAACUUCUUAAGAAGAAAGAGCGUCAGACCUAUUACUAUAACAGAGGAACUCGAGAGCUGUCGCCCUUACGCAAAGGUGAUGCUGUUGUAAUGCUACCUAGUCCCCUAGCUCGAAAGUGGAAGAAAGCUCAAGUCGAAGACCAAGUGGAUGUGCGAUCAUACGCAGUACGCACUGAAGAUGGAAGAGUUUUUUGGAGAAACCGAAGGCACCUAAAGAAGUACGAUCCACCUCCAUCUACACACACUCCGGACGUGGAGGUCGGGCCUUCAAAGAUCACGGUUACAUCAACACCACCAGCAGAAGGAGCAGUAAAGGACUCUGAGGAGCCGCCCUUACAACCACCCCAAACAAGUAUCAGCAGACGUCUCUACUCUACAUUUGAGUCCCACAGUACCAGCACCAGCACCUGUGAAAGACCCACCUGCAGGAGUAGCCGCAGCAACUAGGAGUAGACGUCAGAUUAAGUUACCUUCUCGUUUCAAGGACUUUAAGAUGACCUAGUUUUACUAAGAGACAUUGAACUUUUCGUUACGUUCUUUAGACUGUUGCAACUCAGGAACUUUGAACUUUUGCCCAUUUCCCUGCCAUUUAUUGGGCUCAUAGUUUUCUAAAUGCGUUGUUGUGUUUAUUACUUAGAAGGACAUUUUAAGACCAUUACUCGUAUCUUUAUUGUAGUAUAAGUUCUUUUUUUUAUUUUUCUUUUCUUUACAAAAGGAAGGGUGUAACGUCACGUGAUAGUUGUUAUCCAAUAGGAUGCCAGAUUUUACAUGUGCUCGCGAUCUUGUACUCGAGUCUUCAGUGAACCGACUUAUGGAUUAAAAGUAUCGUUUGUUUAUGUUUACAAGA